AUGUCAUACUCCUGUACUGAAAAACUAUGGAAACCAAUCAUUAGACCUCCAAGACACUAUUAUUAAUUAAAAGAUUUAGGCAAUCAAAUCACAAUGAUUAUCGAUACAGUUACGAAACGAACAGAUUUUGAAAUUGUGAAUAAAAGAAAACUUACAUUAUAAUGUAGGUACACACUAAACAAAUAUUACCAGUCUAUUUGAA